CUGUCAUUUGACAGCAACCGAUUCAUAUUAUUAUUUACUCGCUGCUGGUCAGUGAAGAGCUCGCCAUCUUGACGCAGCUCCAAACCAUACUUAGCAAUCAUGCGUUUUACCAACAUUCUUCUGCUCUUAGCCGGGUCCGCCUGGGUUGGAGCGAGUCCUGUUGCUUCUGGUGAGACCGAGAUCGUUGCGAGACAGUCGUCGUCGGAGUACUGGGUGGGCACUAUAGAGAACCGUGGGGCGGUGCCAUUUGGGGACGACGCCGACUACCAAGUACACCGCAAUGUGAAGGAUUUCGGUGCUGUUGGUGACGGUACAACGGACGAUACCGAUGCCAUCAAUAAGGCCAUCUCUUCUGGCAACCGCUGCGGUCAGGGCUGCGACUCGUCCACCACGAAGCCCGCCGUGGUUUACUUCCCUGCCGGCACAUACCUCGUCUCCAAACCCAUUGUUCAGUACUACUACACCCAAAUGGUUGGUGAUGCCAACAACCUUCCUGUUCUCAAAGCGUCUGCCGACUUCUCUGGUAUGGCCGUCGUCGACGCAGACCCAUACACCGAUGACGGUUCCAACUGGUACACUAACCAGAACAAUUUCUUCCGUUCGAUCCGUAACUUCGUCGUUGACCUGACUGCCAUGCCCCAAUCCUCUGGAGCUGGUAUUCAUUGGCAGGUCGGCCAGGCUACUAGCCUGCAGAACAUUCGCUUUGAAAUGAUCAAAGGCGGAGGCUCUGAGAACAAGCAGCAGGGUAUCUUCAUGGACAACGGCUCCGGCGGUUUCAUGACGGACCUGACCUUCAAUGGUGGAAACUACGGCAUGUUCGUCGGUAAUCAGCAGUUCACCAGCCGCAACCUGACCUUCAAUGACUGCAACACUGGUGUUUAUAUGAACUGGAACUGGGCCUGGACCUUCAAGUCAAUUACCUUCAACAACUGCAACCUCGGUCUUAAUAUGUCCAACUCGCCUUCUAACCAGACUGUUGGUUCUGUCCUGCUGCUCGACACCGAGUUCGUCAACACACCCACUGGGGUCGUGACCGCCUGGGGCAGCGACAGCAUUCCCGUUGGCGCCGGUACGCUCGUCCUAGAUAAUGUCGACUUCAGCGGCGCUACCACCGGUGUUGCUGGUGUCGACGGCACUGCUAUCCUUGCCGGUGGCUCUGUUGUAGACAACUGGGUUCAGGGAGGUAUCUACCGCCCCGCGUCCGUCAACAAGCGCGCCACCCGCAUCCAGACUGCUCUUCCCGGCGCCACCAAGCCUGCAUCCCUCCUCUCCAGCAGCAGCGGCAAGAUUUUCGAGCGCUCGAAGCCCCUCUACGAAAGCUACGCCUCGUCUUCUUUCAUCAGCGUUAAGGCCAACGGCGCCAAGGGCGACGGCUCAACGGACGACACGGCUGCCAUCCAAAAGAUUUUCGACAGCGCAACAUCUGACCAGGUCGUCUACUUCGACCACGGCGCCUACGUCCUCACUGACACCGUCAAGGUCCCCUCCAACAUCAAGAUCGUUGGCGAGGUCUGGCCCGUCCUCAUGGCUUACGGCGACAAGUUCUCCGACGAGCAGAACCCCAUCCCCCUCCUGCAAGUUGGCCAGCCCGGCGAAACCGGCUCCGUCGAAAUCUCUGAUCUCACCAUCCUGACCAAGGGACCCGCCCCCGGUGCGAUCCUCAUGGAAUGGAACGUUGCCGAGGAAACUCCUGGCUCUGUCGGCAUGUGGGACGUGCACUUCCGCAUCGGCGGCUCCGCAGGAACAGAGCUGCAGUCCGACACUUGCGCUAAGACUCCCAACUCUACCACUACCCCAAACACCCAGUGCAUCGGCGCAUUCAUGCUCCUGCACCUGACGGAAAAGUCAACCGCUUACCUCGAGAACGUUUGGUCUUGGACCGCCGACCACGAACUCGACCUUGAUGAUCACAACCAAAUCAACAUCUACAACGGCCGUGGCAUCCUUGUUGAAUCCCAAGGUCCCGUCUGGAUGUACGGCACCGCCGCCGAACACAACCAGCUGUACAACUACCAAGUCUCUAACGCGAAGAACAUUUUCAUGGGCUUAAUCCAGACCGAAACACCAUACUACCAGGCGAAUCCCAACGCGCUCGUACCCUUCACGCCACAGGAUUCCUGGAACGAUCCAGACUUCUCCUACUGCACGACGGAUGCAUGCAGGAAAGCCUGGGGUCUGCGCGUUAUCAACUCGUCCAGCGUGUAUGUCUACGGUGCGGGAUUGUACAGUUUCUUUGAAAACUACGGCCAGGAGUGCUUGGGUGACUCGUGCCAGGAGAAUAUGGUGCAGGUAGACUGCUCCGACGUGCAUAUCUUCGGUCUCAGCACGAUUGCAUCAGAAAAUAUGAUCACCAACUCCGAUGGGUCGAGUCUCGUGCCGCAGGAGGGAAACAAGAGUACGUAUUGUUCAACAAUUGCGUUGUUUGAGCAGACGUCGCAGGCGUGAGCAUGAGUUACGUUUAAAGUUUUGGGACGGGAUAGAUUGUUUACUUCAUUUUCACCUCUGUCUCUAUCUAUCUAGGUAUGGUAUAUAGUUCGUUGGAGGUUUAGUCGGUCCUGUGGUCUGCGUUAUCUAAAUAGACGAGGCCUAGGGUGGACUUUGUUGAUACCAUUAUAUUUACUAUUUACCGUUCGACUGAGUCUGUUCAGAUAAUAUGGCUUUUGCGAUACCACUGCGA